UAUAGCUUUACGCCUUCCCUCCCCCCUUUCCCCCCCGCUCCUGCCCGUUCCAUCCCGCCAGCCGCUCCACCCCCAACCCAUUUUCUUCCUCGUCUAUCCUACAUCAGCCGGGAAGGGAGGGGAGCCUUGUGCUGAGUUCCCGGGGCGGCUAUUGGCGGCUGAAGGAGAGCCGGGACAGAGCCAGGGCAGGGAAGCCUGCUGGGGGCGGAACGGGCGGUGCCCAAAGGGCCCAGCCAGCGCAGGAGCAAUCCCAUCCUCCCGCCUCCUGGUACCCAAGGAACCGGCCCCGUGGAGGGAAGCAGCUCCAGCUGGCCCAGACCCGGGAGACCUCUCUCGGCGCCAAAUCUCUCAGUCCGUUUCUCUUUCCAACCUGACCCUACACACACACACACACACACACACACACACACACACACACGUACGUAUACACACACCCUCUUCAUCCCAGAUCCGGCAGGAAUCGUGAGGAGUUCUGUCUUUCAGUCUCCGGAAGCAGCAGGUUCAUGUGUGGAGACCAGCCUUAUAUGGACUGAUCACUCCAGCUAUGGCUUAUUUUUUUCUUGCCACCAGACACCGCACACUGUGCUGCAGCCGGAGCCCGAAGUAACCGCACUUUGGCAUCGUUCCUGGAGUUACAAACUGUUACUCAGAUCAGCAGCCCGCGGAACUCCUGGCUUCUUCUACUGCACAAAUUUUUGAGUCCUUUCAAAGAAAAUAGUGGAUUUUUUUUCUCCCUUUCCUCAUAGUUAUAUAUAUAUUUUUAAAUAAAAUCCAACACCUCUCCCCUUUCUCCCCUUCCCCCUCCCCAUCCCCCACUCACCCCUCGUGUGCGUGCGUGCGUGUGUGUGUGUUUCCGAAGAACUGCGGAUUGACAAACUGGUGUUGCAACUUUCCUGCAUAAAUUGCCGGGCCCAGACCAUGUCGCUGACCAACACAAAGACGGGCUUUUCGGUCAAGGAUAUCUUAGACCUGCCUGACACCAACGAUGAGGACGGAUCGGUGGCAGAGGGGGCAGAGGAAGAAAGCGAGGGUUCGGAACCUACCAAGAGAAGCGGGGUGCUGGGACCAAGCGCACUGGAAGCAGUACAAACCCUGCCCCUGAAAAAUCCUUUCUACGACAACAGCGACAACCCCUAUACCCGCUGGCUGGCUAGUACCGAGAGCAUCCAAUAUUCCUUGCACGGGCUGGCGGCUGGGGCUCCCCCACAGGACUCCAGCGCCAAAUCCCCGGAGCCCUCGGCCGACGAGUCGCCGGACAACGACAAGGAGACCCCGGGCGGCGGGGGGGAAGCGGGCAAAAAGCGGAAGAGGAGGGUGCUCUUCUCCAAGGCGCAGACCUACGAGCUGGAGCGGCGCUUUCGGCAGCAGCGCUACCUGUCCGCUCCCGAGCGCGAGCACCUGGCUAGCCUCAUCCGUCUAACUCCCACACAGGUGAAGAUUUGGUUCCAGAACCAUCGCUACAAGAUGAAACGGGCACGGGCUGAGAAAGGUAUGGAGGUGACCCCCCUGCCCUCCCCACGCCGGGUGGCCGUGCCCGUCUUAGUCAGGGACGGCAAACCCUGCCACACGCUCAAAGCUCAGGACUUGGCCGCAGCCACCUUCCAGGCCGGCAUCCCCUUCUCCGCCUACAGCGCCCAGUCGCUACAGCAUAUGCAAUAUAACGCCCAGUACAGCUCCGCCAGCACCCCCCAGUACCCGACAGCGCACCAUUUGGUGCAAGCUCAGCAGUGGACUUGGUGAGCAGACGCCCUAGCCCUAGAGAGAGAGAGAGAGACAGACUCAAGGCUCCAAAACAAAUCCCACUCCACUGGAGGACGCUAUUAUUAUUAUUCUAAUUAUUAUUAUGGAGUUUGCUCUUGGCAUUUUUUUUAAGGGAGGGAAAUGUUUUGAGCUCCUUGGGGUGGGAGAAUCCAAGGAUUGUGUUCCCUCUCUUUUUUUAUUUUGGAGAGAGGGGUUUUGGAGAUCUGGGCGCCGUGUUUACAAAAAUUUUGUGCAGUCCUGCUUACUUGCCACUCCUCCGGGGAGAGGGGGGGAGAGAAACCGUCGUCGUCGUCGUCGAAAAAAACAAAAAAAACAAAAAACCCUAGAUAAAUUUCCCUCCACACAAAAUAAAACCCCUCUGCUCUCGUG